AUGCAGGUUCGUAUGGGCGACCCCGAGAUGCUCGCCAAGAUAAUGCAGUCCGAUCCCUAUUUUUUCACCCAGGACAAUGGGGCGGGCUCACCCUUGCACUUUGCCGUCACAUACCGCCAGCUGGACAUGGCCCACCACCUGCUGAACAACGGCGCCGCGGUGAACCAGCGCGACAGCCAGGGCUGGACGCCGCUGCACCGCGCGGCACACCUGGCCCACCUGGACGGUUACCUGGAGAUCUACGAGUACCUGCUGAGCCGGGGCGCAGACCCAUCAAUCCUGACGGAUGACUAUGAUCCCUACUUGGACCCCGGCCGCAAGACGCCCAUCCAGGUCGCGCCUGAAGACGAGGAUGUGCGGGCGCGGCUGGCGCAUCUCGAGUUGCGGUACGCCACUGUGCCCAAGGCGCCGCUGCCGCACCCGGACGUCGGCGACUGGUGGGCUCUGUAUGACUACGGUCCGGAGGUGGUCACCGGCUGGCCCGCUGAUUUCACGCCCCCCUACCCAGAGGUCCUGAAGCGCCAGCGCGACCACGCGACGCGCGCCGAGGAGCGCAAGCAGCGCAAGGCCGCGCUGGCCGCUGCCCGCGACGCCCUGGCCGCCGACGGCUUCUCCCGCCCCUUCGCCGGCCCGACUGCCUCCGGCCCCUCCAAGGCGGCGGAUGCGGCGGCGCAGGCGCGGGACGCACCCACCGGCGCCGCCCGUGGCGCGCCGAGGGGCAAGAACGCGUUCCUGUUCCCUGGGCAGGGCAGCCAGGCGGUGGGGAUGAUCGGGGAAGCCGCCGCGCAGCUGCCGGCGGUGAGGGAGAUGCUUGAAGUGGCAAAGACUGUGCUGGGCUAUGAUAUGCUGGAGCUCAUUCAAAAGGGACCCAAGGAGAAGCUGGACGACACCAUCUACGCCCAGCCCGCCCUGCUCGUCGCCAACCUGGCAGCUGCCGAGCAGCUGCGCGCCCGCAACCCCGCGGCGGCCGCCGCGUGCGGCGCGGCGGCGGGGCUGUCCUUGGGCGAGUACGCGGCCCUGGUGGUAAAGAUCCGGGCGGAGAGCAUGGCCGCCGCCGGCCGCGCCGGCAGCCGGCCCCACGGCAUGCUGUCCGUGGUGGGCCUGCCCGAUGGGGAGCUGGAGGGCAUCUGCCGGGAAGCUGCGGAGAAGCUGGGGCCAGGCACGGUCUGCGUCGUCGCCAACUACCUGUUUCCAACGGGCCGCGUCGUCAGCGGCCACCUGGACGCCCUGGACUGGGUGCAGUCCGCCGCCCUGGAGGCCGGCGCGCUCAAGGCGGCGCGCCUGGCGGUCAGCGGCGCGUUUCACACGUCCCUGAUGGAGCCGGCGCGCGCGGCGCUGGAAUCGGCCCUCGCGUCGGUCAAGAUUUGCGCCCCCCAGAUCCCCGUCUGGUCAAACGUCACCGCGUCCCCUUUCCCGUCCGACCCCGACUCGAUCCGGAAGCUGCUCGGGCGGCAGCUGGUCGAGCCCGUCCGCUGGGAGGCCACCCUGGUCGCGCUGACGUCACCAGAUGAUGUCAACAAUGCCGGGACGGAAGGUGGCCGGAAGCUGCACGAGCUGGGGCCGGGGCAGCAGAUCAAGAGCAUGGUGCGGCGCGUGAGCGGGGACGCCUGGAAGGCGAUGGUCAACGCGAGCGCUUCUUGA